AUGAAUUCAGACGCGAUCAUGCUCGACAGCCCAGCCCAGACGCCCACUCCCAAAAGCCACAACCCAAGCCAGCCGCCUCCCCCGGCCAUCAACGGCGCGAACGGCGACGUAACGAUGUCGGAGACGGCGGCGCCCACCAACUGGCUCAACAAUCAGAAGUGGAGGGACGAGUACGCCACAGCAACUACGAGGCUGGACCAUAAAUCAUUCAAGACUCCCCGCGACCCCAUGUUUCCACCCAUGGCCCAGAACGUACCGGGCAUGACACCGGAGUUGGACUCUAGCUUGCGGGACCUCGUUGCGAAGCUGAGGUAG